UCUUUUCUUGAACAAUGCUGCACGACGAAAAUCCCUUUGAAUUACUCAACAUUUCAUGCAAAUCUGACUGUCAUGUAGAAAGUAACUUCAAUGGGCAUAACUGUGCCGGGAAAAAGAGACAAAAAUAUAGUCCUUUACCAGUCUAGAAUAUUUACCCUGUUGGCAGGAUCAUCUACCCCCCGGAAUGCUGUGUUCAUUUGUUGCACACAAGAAUGAUAGUCCUGGACUGGAUGCAAAAUGAUUUUACCAGAUGUGGCCCUCCGCGGUUGGCCAGAUGGGCCCGAAUACCCAACCCCUGAGAUUCUUUCCUUUCGAGCAAAAUUCAAGCCGCUCGUUUAAUAAGAUAUGGAUCUUUCUCCGCCGGGCCUGAACAGAUGUGAUUCCAUAGCGGCCCAAGCCUUACAUGGCGAACCCCUUCUCCCCCACAAACGUUGGCUGUUUUAUUCAGCCUUAAUAGUCUCAUCCCUUCAAAAACUUCCUGGCUAUGGUUCUGGAGAUACCAACUUAAAUUUUCUUGUUUCGCUGUCAAUAAUACAUAAGACUUCUUUUCCUAAGCGUUCUUCUGACACGCCUGACCUUUUCGGCCUAAAAGAUCACCUUCAGUUGUCUGUCAUGUUAAGCCAAACUAAAACUGAAAGCUCAGGUUAGCCGCUGUUUAUGAUUGCAAUAAAGGCUGUGUUUCAAGAAAGCGGAAAAGCGAGUCGCAUCACUAAAGGCUUGGUUUUUCCAACGCCGAAUCAACAACAAAAGCUUGAGUUUGUUUAUCUUCAGUUUUCAUAAAUUACCAAAAAGAAUACAUAAUUGACGUCAUCAAUUAUUGCGGUCUCGUUGAAGGCAACCAAUGGGUUGUUGUUAGGGAAGCUUUGUUGGUGUAAACAUGGCAUAAUCGGUUAUGAAAAUACACGCGAGCAGUGGGCCAGCGACAAUGAACGAGAAAAUAAGGUGAAAAAGUAUCUGGAAGACCACACGAACCAAUAUUGACGAUGCAAUUAUACACCUGCUAUUAAUGAGCUAAUUUUAAAGGCGGUGGUGGUGACGCAUCAGGAUUUAGAUCGUUUGACAUGAGCAAGGAAGCUGUUGCAGUUGUAGGAAAAGUACAGUACUAUUUCAAAGUUUUAAAAUAAGCACAGGUUGAUUUGCGAUAGCAGGGAAUAUAUGACAGAGAUGAGUUGGUCAGCUCCAAGCCGGCCCUCUUGGCUGUCAAACGACAAGAAAAGGCUGCAAAAGAACGGUGACUUUUUCAAAAAGCUGCACCAAAUGAAGGAAGCACUAAUUGAGACUGAGGAAAGCAAUCUUAGAAAUGCCAUAGCUCGUAUAGAAAACAAAAAAUAUGGUCGACGCUUCAUAGCAAGCAGAGACAAGUAUAAUAAUGGAGACAAUGACGGUAUCAACGAAUACAGAAAGUUUGAGGCUGAAAUGGCAGCCAGUCGUUUAGACAAAAAGGCACGAGAUCCGAUCGCUGUAGUAAAAGGACAGAAAGAUGCAUCAAAAGCGUUGAGCACAAUAGUUGACGAGAAACAUUCCUCAGGAGAAAAUCUUGCCUUUGGUAGUAAAAAACGCAGGCCAGUUACACAACAUAGGUUUUCUGAUGUAAGUAGUUUCAGCACAAAAGACAAGCAAAUCGCAAAGAUUGCAGCCAACCUGCAUAGCUAUGAUACUACUGAUAGUUAUAACUUUAUUCGGAACCCAGAUCACCUUCCGAGCAUUCCAAGUGUUGGACAUAGAGUGUCUUUUACGCAUAAAAAUCGUUUCAAAGCUAUGACCUGGGAAUCGGAAUUCAGCGAACUGCCACGAAUGAAUAUCAUAAACACCAAAAAGGUUCAUGAGACAAGCUUGUUUCAACGACACCCGAGCGCUGAUCAUAAUAAAACAAUGAAGGAAAUACUCGAGAAAAAGAAGAAAGACCACGAACUUAGAUUUGAUGUUAACCCAAGGGAUAAAGAGAUAUUCAGGCACUUGACAAAAGAUGCUGGGGCCCCAAGCCCUAAGCUACCCACUCCACCUGUUAACAGUAGACUCGCUAACCAUACUGUCCCCGCUAUUCCUGUAAUAUUUUUACCAGAAGAAGAAAAAGAAGAUGAUACAAAAGAAGACGCUCGAGAUUCUGCAAGAAGCCUAGGAGAACUGAAUAACGCAAUGCGAAGAUUCGUUACAGCUCAUUCAGAUUUAGAGCACUUGAAGGAAGAACUAGGAGAUAUUGUGCACAUGAACGACAAUUUACAUGAAGCCACAGACGAUAGAACUAUAGAGCCCUAACGUAGUUUUUAAAACCUUUUACGCUUUUACAGCCUGUACGUACCCCGUUAGAACUGAUGCUAUAUUAGCAAAUAAAAUAACGACUUUCCCGUACAAUUACACAAAUGUUGAAUAGCAAAUUCUGAUUGAAAUUUCGUUGCUUAUUUUUGAAUGAACAUCGCAUAAAGAUGACGUAAUUCAUAACAAAGUUUGUGGACAACCUCAGAGCAUAAGAAAAACCAAAACGACAGAGUU